UAGAGAAAUCAAAGCUGCAUCGAGUGGACCACAUUGUGUCCAGCCAUGUUCUGAAAUGGUACAACGUCAUUACAAAAGUAAUGCUGUGUUCGUCCUGUAACGAGGAGUCGGGUGACUAUGGGCCCAUCAUUGACCUUGACUCAGUUCUUCAAGAUUACGCAUGGAGGGAACUCAAGCGAGAUGCUCGCUGGUACCAAGGCCCGUUGCUGCGCCGAACUUAUUACGAUAUUGAAAUUCCCUGGAAUUUUUACGAAUUUGAGCAUAGAACUACAAAGUUUAGCACUCGAAACCCCCAAGGAAGUACAUUGAGACAGGAUUUCAGAGAAAAGAAGCAAGUUGAAUUAUUUACGACGGACUAUAAAAAUAACACUGCCAAGGAACAAAUAUAUAAUCUAAAAACACAACGUCAGACGCAGGCAAGAACUCACAUUUCUUUCCAAAGGGGAUUUGUAAUUAAGAAUAAUGCCAAUUUUAAGUUAAAAAUUCCGGAUCAUUAUGGGCACUGUGGUGUUACUGCAACGGCAGACGGACACCUGAGAGUAUCCAAACGCGAAGAAAAUCUUCAAGAGUUGUUUACGUGGCAGUGUGACAGUGAUAUUACCGUUGACCCCUAUCAUAUCACCAAGGUAACUUUAAUGGUUACAGAAGACGAAUUCAUGGCGGACUUUGAAGUUCGAUCUCGCCUGCGAAUGCCGACUGGGGAGGCACCCAUUAUUCUUAAAAGAAAACGAGAUAAUCACAUUCAUGCAGUCAUGCUGCUGUCAGAUCUUCGUGAUGUAUUUGCAGACUUAAAUCAUCCAAAUAUAACUGUUACCAAAGAGAAAAUCGGUUCCAAUACUGAGACGACGGUUGAAUUUAUUACUACCGGUACAAUAGAAAGCGUUAGAUGGAGUGAUCAAAGAGUCUGUAUAGAAUCCAAACCAAUAGACCCGUCUGUAUUUAGCGAUUCGCUUUACGACUCCGCAAUAUGUUCCAAUGAUGUAUACAGUAGGGUAAUCAAACAUGCAACGAAAAACUCUUUUGAAAAAGAGCAAAAUACAAUUUUAUCCUCGACCGCGGCUACUACACCCAAUGAAAAGAAACACGAUUUUCAAGGAUUCAAAGUCGAGACUAAAGACAUGAGAUUUAGCAUAAUUCCUAAAAUAGUCACAGAUAAUCCAGAAGACUUGCUAGACAAAGAAAGCAAAUUAGAAGAGUCGUCUCAAGUCAGGUCGGUAUUCCCGACGAUCAGGCUACAGGAAAAGGAGAGAAGAAUGUCUGAUCCCGAGGGUAAUCGACCCCCUCCCCCGUACAGAAGUGUAUCAGACCUCCCACUCAAGGUUAUCCGGGAAACAAGUUUGGAGGAUAAAGAGAAAUCGGAAGUGGGUACUCCAGACUCCUCUGACUCUCAAAAAUUCUCCAAGGUCACCAGCGUAUGAAGGUCACCAACGUGUGAAGGUCAUUAACAUGUACAAGUCAUAAAGGUUCGUUUUCAGAAAGAAUAUUGGCAGCUGUAGGCUACGGAAUUACAGAAAAUGAAUUAUCGUAAGAAUAUGUAUUUGUUCAACAGAGCAUUUCAAAACAACUAGCAUGGAGACAGUGUCUGAAAUAAAUCACAAAGGAGUCCCACCCCAAACACAUAAUCAUUAAUUGUGGAAUCAUAUAGCUUUAUUCUCUUAUUUAGAUACCAAUACCUUUAAUAGUAUUCCCCAAAAACAACAAUUCAUACUUUCCUACAACAAAAUGUGCAAAAAUGAUGUUUUAGACCAUCU